AGACUGUUUGGGAAUGACGUCAGACGCGUAAAACAAGAUGGCGACGUCUUCACAUAGAGCCUGUGAAUGAUUUUAUCGCUGUAAAGACGGCCUCUUUGAGGCUCAGGUGUGUAUAUCGCUCUGUUUGAAUAACAAUAACAGAGCUGAUUGUGUUUGGGGCGUUCAGUUACGCCCCCGAGCCGCGCGGAUUCUGUUUGUGUUUCCCCCGAGUCAGACCCGGGAGGAUCCGGACAUGGACCGAGCAGAGUUUAUGUCGCCCCUGGAGAACAUGGAGAACAUGGAGAACACUCUGGACCCUGCUCUGGACCCCACUCUGGCCGAGCUGGGAGAUGAGUUUACUCUGGGAGAUAUAGACGAGAUGCUGCAGUUUGUCAACAACCAAGUUGGAGAUUUUCCAGAUCUUUUUGAGGACCAGAUUCAGCGAGCAGCUUCUGUGCAGGGCACCACCCCCCAGAGACCUGUGCUUCAAACCCCCCAGCCCAUUCAGACCCCUCAUACCUCUGCUCCCACAGCCUUUCAGAGCUCAACCACCCCCCUGGCACCAGCCCAGAUCCUCUUGCCCCAGCCUGUCCCCCUGACCCCUCCCCUCACACCAGCCCAGACCCCCUCCCCUGUGACAGUGGUCUCAUCGGGGCAGCAGGUGACACGCAGCCCGCCCCUUCUUCAGCCAAGACCUCCAGCCAUGCAGCAAAUCCAACCUCAGCUCCAGCACUCGGCUCAGCCCACCAUCCAGAUGCAUACACAGGGCAUCCCCAUGCACACGCAGAACUUUCCCGUGCACACGCUUGUCCAAACGCACACUCAAACAGCCCUGCCCAUCCAGACUCAGGCUCCUCAGACGGUCAUGAUCACCUCUAACGGAGGACAGUCCCGCUUCAUCCAGAACCAAGUCAUCUGCCACCAGAGCCCAGCGCCGGGUUUUCAAGUCCUCCAGCCACAAGUCCAGAGCAUUAUGACAUCACAGCAGCUUCAGCCAGUGACCAUCCAGCACCAGCGUGUCCUUACCCCCGCCGGACAAAUACAGACCCUCUCUACAGCGCCCACCACAGUCCACACUAUGCAACAGCCAAUGCAACAGGUCCUUGUGCAGCAGCCUCAAAUUCUAAAGACAGACUCACUGGUGCUUACGACACUGAAACCAGAUGGGACACAAGUGCUAUCGACCAUGCAGACCCCAGGGAUCACCACUUUAACUGCACCUAUUCAGAACACUGCUCUGCAAGUGCCGACUUUGAUGAGUAGCAACAUUCUGACCACAGUCCCAGUUGUGAUGGGAGGAGGAGACAAAUUACCUAUUAAGCAGCUUCAAACGGCCUCGGCGCAGUGCACCAAUGCACCCAGAGCCAAUUUGGACCAGAUGACCGCUGGAGGAAUGAUCCAGGGAGGAGUGUUAAAGGAGGGGGAGAAGAGGAGUACUCACAACAUCAUUGAGAAAAGAUACAGGUCGUCCAUCAAUGACAAGAUUGUGGAGCUCAGAGACUUGGUCAUGGGCAACGAUGCAAAGAUGCACAAGUCAGGAGUUCUGAGGAAAGCUAUUGAUUACAUUAAGUACUUACAACAGGUCAACCAUAAACUACGGCAGGAGAACGCAGCUCUGAAGAUGGCCAACCACAAAAACAAGCCCCUGUCGCUGUCUGAAGAGAUGGAGCUCAAACAGGAAAUAGUGAUGAUGUCACCGCCAGCCUCAGAUUCAGGGUCAGGCUCCCCGUACUGCGUCGACUCAGACCCAGGCAGCCCGUUAAUGGACCAUGACCAGGUGAAGAGUGAACCUGAUUCUCCCUCGUCGGUGGGAGUCAUGGACGGCUCACGUCUUCUGCUUUGCGUCCUCACCUUCUUCUGUCUGUCCCUAAACCCGCUGCCCUCCCUGUUGGGCUCUGACACCCCGGGGGCCGGCAGUCUCACGCUGGGUCACGGGCCGUCCAGGACUCUUUCAUGGUUUCCGAGUCACACGCAAGACUUUGGGUCCUGGGUGCGGUGUCUUUUGCCGUGGGUGAUGGCCUGGGUCCUGAGCGGGGUGGGGGCUGUGUGGGGCUGUGCCAGAGUGUUGUACCUGUGGGAGCCGGUCACACCUCUCCACUCCCCGAAAUCCGUGUCAUUCUGGAGGCAUCGCAAACAAGCAGAUUUACAUUUGAAGAGAGGGGAUUUCACAGCAGCCAUGGCAAGUUUGGAAACCAGCCUGUCCAUUUUGAAUAGAGCUUUACCGUCCACUAAUCUCGAUCUGGCCUGCUCCCUCUCCUGGAAUCUAAUUCGCUACUUCAUACAUCGCCCCACUCCCCUGGGCUGGCUUGUUCACCAAGUCCGAGGCAAACACAAGGGAGAUGAGGCGAGGACCAGUGCGAAAGAUGCAGCGUUAGUUUACCACCGACUGAGCCAGCUGCAGCUCACAGGAAAGCUGCCACAGCGUAACCACUGGUGGGCGCUCUCCUUGUCGUUCAGCGCUGUAAACCUGAGUGAAAGCGCCCAAAGCAAGAUGGUGCCUGCCGAGCUUGUUCAGAUUUAUAUCACUGCAGCCACAGCCCUGCGCACCGUCCUGGGUCAUCACCUCACCUUUUUACCUAGUUAUCUCUUGAGCUGUGCCGAGAGUGUGGCUAACCAAGCAGACACCAAGCCCGUCCCGGACCAGCUGCGGUGGCUUUUCACUCCAUUAGGCAAACAGUUCUUCCUGAGCUGUGAUUGGUCAGUGAAGUCUGAUAACGAUGAUGGAGUCUACACUUCUAUGAGGGACCCAGCUGACCCUCUGGCCCAGUUGCAUCGUGGGUUUUGCAGAAAGCUUUUGGAGAGAGCGGUUCACACCCUCAUUCAGCCUCAGAUAGAUUUAGACGCAGAUAAACGCAAGAAUGACUCGAGUGAGUUUUCUGGCGCCCUUGAGUUCCUCCAGUUGCUGAACAGCUGCACAGACGAGUCAUCUUCACCACCUCCUUCUUUUGCCACUCCCCCGAGUCACACCAUCACUUCAGUGGGAGACCCUGUGAGUCGCUGGUGGGCGUUGGUUCUAAAAGCAGCGGUUCAUUGGCUGCAGGGAGACGAUGUUACUGUAAAGUCCCUGUUGGCUGAAGCGGAGCGCAUGCCCAGAGCUCUACACAGUCUGGACCAUCCUCUUCCCAAGGCGCUGCUGUUGCUCUGUAAAACUGUGCAGAUGAGCCUGGCUCCUCUCAAAGGGGAAGGCCUCAUCACGUGUUUGUCCCAGUGUGACAGGGCCAGUAGUUACCUGUGCUCCAGCAUCUCGGUGCCUCUCACUCAGUCGGGCAACUAUCUGCACAAGGGGGUGGAGCUGCUUGUCUGUGACCUUCUGCUGACCUUAAGGACAAGUCUCUGGCAGCGCGGGAGCAGCACUAACGGAGAACCGGCGCCUGGACCGUCAUCGACACUGCCUGGAUUUCAGAAGGACCUGAGUGCGCUCCGAAAGCUUACUCAGUGUUACAGACAAGCGCAGCACAAGGUUUUUCUUCAUGAGACGACUGUUCGACUGAUGGCUGGAGCCAGUCCCACACGGACACACCAACUUCUAGAGCACAACCUUCGGCGCAGAACUAACAGCUCCUACUCAAGUGGUGAGUGUGUCCUGGGAGAGCGGGAGCGAGCUCAUGCGAUCCUUCUGGCCUGUCGCCAUCUUCCCAUGCCUCUUUUAACCCCCCCCGGGCACCGCGCUCGUCUGCUCGCUGAGGCCAAGCGCACUCUGGAGAGGGUGGGAGACAGACGCUCUCUUCAGGACUGUCAGCAGAUCCUGCUGCGCCUCAGCGGGGGGACGACUAUCGCCGCGUCAUGAAAACGACAAAACAACAUGACGCAUCUUUGACCAUGACUUAUUACUACUUGUAAAUAACUUUUACACAAGCACUUGCAGCUGUUUAUUUUAUUACUGUAUCAGCCUCUGUCAAUUUGACCACCUUUUAUAAACAAGCUACACAUUUUUGUAAUUGAGCUAAACCAUAGCGCCAUCUGCUGAUCAUAAAGUGUACCACAUUUGCUUAUCGUCAAAUUUUUAACCAGCUACAGCAUCAGGAAAAUCAGGUUUAAUUGCUUUCACAGGGGAAAGUGACCAUCUCCUGUUUGUAUAAAUGAGAUUUCAACACUGUUAAUUGAUUAGAAAUAGAAAUCCAAGCUGUACAAUCAUUGGGACACACCGUCGAUCGCGCUGCAGGUGUGUCGUUUAUUUACAAGCCCCACAAAGGGAUUUCAGACGUGAUGUGUGAUCUGGUCACUUUGGGGCUGAAACAUUUCUUUUCUUUUUCUGUACAGUGCUGAGUGGUGACUCUUUAUCUACCUCAUACUGUACAAAGCCAGCAUUGUGCUAAGGAGCAAAAUUGGAUAUGUGCCCUCACACCCAUAUUGUAUAACACACAAGUAGAUGAAUCGGACGAGUGACACUUUAUUUUUGUGCAGCAGUAGGAAAAAAUUCCAAAGCGUAUUCUGUUUUUUGGUUUAGAGCAGCACAAUUAAGAUAUUUGAAAACUGUGUGUUAUUGUUCAGAAAGGACUGGACAGGACUAGAACAUUAGAACAGAUAUUUAAACUGUAACUUCAGCUAUACAAAUUUCCAUAAUUUUGUAUAUAGUGUAUAUAUUGAAAAGGACUUGAGAUAAACAGGAUGACUUGAUUUACUGCUGAGAGGAAACAUAAAAAAAGUGAGGAAGCCGCUCCGCUCAAAGCAGCAGAGGUCAUUAAGAUUGAACAGCUGAAAAUAAUAGAUUACUACAAAGUUCAAACUUUUGUGUACAUUGGUGUUGCUCUUGAGCUCAAAUUGCCUUGAUAAUGUGUAGAAAAAAAAUAUUUUAUAAUGUUUUAUUACAUUUAAAAUAAUGAUGGAGAAGUGUCCUGAAAAAUCUUUGUCCAUUUUGCUUUUUAUUUGUGGUUGUGUUUGUCACUGCAGUUUUGUGUUCUUGUUUAUUUAAUGCUCAUUUUCAUAUCAAAGCAAAUGCUUCUCUGUGAAGCCCAUAAAGUCCAGGUAUUUUUAUUAUUAUUUUCAAUUAGAUCCGAUUAUGCGGCAGUGCAGUUACAGUGAAUGCCACAGACCGGUUUCAUGUUGUACUUGAGCUCCAAAAAUAAACACAUAACUUAAAUACAUAAAAGUACUGGUAUUUCCUGGCCGAGCAGUGUAUGAUGUUGCAUUCUGAGCUUCACUUCUCAAAAAUAUACUGGUAAUAAAAGUUUUAU